AUUUAUUUUUUACUCUAAAUGUGUAUUAUUUUCCUUUCAAUUCGUGUUUUUAAUGAUGUAGUGCCAGUAUUCCUACACUAGAGGGUGCUAACUCCCCACUUUUAAACGCAUCUAUGAAAUUGAACGUUAGCUCCUUUAGCUCCAGAGCGUUGAGCUUUAGCUCCUUAUGCUAGUUAUGUCACCGCAGUAACUUUAUGGUUUUACCUCUGUAAAAAGUAUUUUUAUAGCAUACAACCUCAACGCAGUGGGUUCGACAUGGACGAGCCGGACACGGCAGCGAUCCUACCCGAAGACCUCCUCGGCGCCUCGUCGACGGAUGACCAGCUGUCCGAUUCUGAGGACCGCAAAGACGACGCAGGUCUACCGACCGCCACCACCUCUGUGCCGCCGUCGUGCCGGUGCCCUGUCCCGGUGUCCGUGGAGCCGGUGCUUUUCCUCUCCAUGUUCUCCCUGGCUCUCCAGGCCCCUCUGACCACGCAGUACCUGUGGGACCGAAUUAGUGAGGACCUCGGCUACAAUGGCUCCAGGAGGUCUGGGUGCAGCAACAGCUCACUGGACCCGGACCCGCUGCAAAAGGAAGUUGAAACUCUGACAGCUCACUGGAACCUGUACAUGAGCCUCGGGGGGUUUUCUGUCGGGCUCGUGGUUGUCCCACUCCUGGGCUCUUGGAGCGAUGUAGCAGGUCGCAGAACCGUCCUCAUCCUCCCCAACUUCGGCCUGGCGCUACAGGCCGUGGUCUACCUCGUGGUGAUGUACCUCAAGCUGCCUGUGGUUUACUUUCUGGUGGGCCGGCUGCUCAGUGGCCUCUCGGGGGAUUUCAACGCCGUUCUGGCCGGCUGCUUUUCCUACGUGGCGGACAUCAGCGACAGGAGGUCCCGCACCUUCAGGGUGGCGGUUCUGGAAGCUUGUCUGGGCAUUUCAGGGAUGUUGGCCAGCAUCAUAGGAGGCCAGUGGCGGCGGGCACAAGGUUACAUCAACCCGUUCUGGCUGGUCCUGGCCACCAACUUGGCCUCAGCUCUCUAUGCCUACCUGUUCAUCCGAGAGUCCGUCCGUCCGGACCCGAGCGCUAGGCUCCUCUCCGCUCGCCACUAUAAAGCCGUCUGGCGCCUCUACUCCACAGGAGGCAUCAGCGGCGAAGGCGGUGGAGCGCUGCUUCACAGGGGCAAGCUGUGGCUCUACACGCUGUGCUUCUUCCUAGUGGUGGCCGUUCACUUCGGCACCAGAGAGCUGUACGUGCUGUACGAGCUGAGCUCCCCGCUGUGCUGGGACUCGGCUCUGAUUGGCUACGGGUCGGCCGCUCAGAACCUGGCCUACCUGAGCAGCCUGCUGGGGCUGAAGGCCAUGCAGCGCUGCCUGCAGGACUCCUGGGUGGCUCUGGUGGGCCUUGUGUCGAACAUUACUGGGCUGGUGGUCUUCUCUGUGGCGGAUACCACCCAGCUUAUGUUCACAGGUUACUGUUUGUGUUUCCUCUUCAUGGCUUCCACUCCCGUCCUCAGGUCAAAGCUCUCCAAGUUGGUUGACCCAUCAGAACAAGGGGCCUUGUUCGCCUGCGUUGCCUGUGUGGAGAGCUUGUGUUUCCUUGUGGGCAGCAGCCUCUUUAACUCCAUCUAUCCAGCCACUCUGCAUUUCAUGAAGGGCUUCUCGUUCCUGUUUGCUGCCAUCAUCCUCCUCAUUCCUACUGCAAUAAUUGGAGCUCUACAGUGUUUGGACCAGCGGAGGGAACGCAGGGACUCUACAUCCUGAGUGCUAAGAGCCGGUCCUGAUGGACCCAUUUGUGGACAUUCAGUACUCAUCUUGUCUGUGAUGCUGUUAGAAACUGGGAUCCUAACAAACAUGAAGGCUGCUAUUCUGCAAAGGGAUUCUUCCCCCCAAAGUGACACUAAAACGUCAAGACCAAAAAGUGAAGAAACAACCAUGUGGGCUAACCUCCCUCGAUUUGUGAGUCAGGAGAGCUACACAAAGAGUUAAAUGUCUCACAUCAUUUAAUCAAGAUGUUCAGGCACAUGAAUAUUUUAUACAUUGACCUGAAAUUUUUUUGUACAGCACUCUAUGUGAAUUUAUUAACUACAAUAGCUACGGAAGCACAGUAUUGUUCAAUAAUAGCCACGUUCAAAACAACCUUUGAUUUCUGAUUAUAUAUCAAAAAUGGAGACAGCUUUGUCUGUUCCAGUUAAAUCUGUCUUUUAGAAAAAAUUGUGCAAAAGAAAAAAAAUAUAUUUAAUUCAAUUUUUUUUAUCCAUUUUGAGAUAAGUAAAGUAUUUUUUAAUUGAAUUUAAACUAGUUGUAGAUCAGGAAACCCUUCUUAUGUCCAUCUAUCCAUUUUCUAACACCCUCGUCCCUAGUGGGGCCAGGAGGUGCUGGUGUCCAUCUCCAGCUAACGUUCGAGAGGCGGGGUUCACCCUGGACAGGUCGCCAGUCUGUCGCAGGGCAACACAGAGACAGACAGGACAAACAACACACGCACUCACACCUAGGGAGAAUUUAGAGAGACCAAUUAACCUUCCAGUCAUGUUUUGUGACUGUGUGAGGAAGCCGGAGUACCCAGAGAGAACCCACGCAUGCACAGGGAGAACAUGCAAACUCCAUGCAGAAAGACCCCGGACUUUCUUGAGUGCAACCAACUGCGCCACUGUGCAGCCUCUACCCUUCUUAUGUGCUGUAAGCAAAUUAUCUUUUUACUUGAAUCCUUGUUGAUAGUUUUAACAUGUGACGUUUUGUCACAUUAAAAAGCACUUUGCCAAAAACUAUGAAGAAAAAAAAAAAACAUGCAAACAAACGUAUGAUUGUUUGUUUUGAAUUUUAAGUUUGACUUUUCUAAGCCAAUGAACAACAGUAAGCUUGAGUAUUAUGUUGGUAAUGUUUUUAUGCUGAUACCACUAACCUAUCAAAUAAGAUCAUGCACACCAGAUGGAAAACUCCAAAACUAAAUUUGUGAUGGUGGCUCAGGAGGUGGUAGUCUGUCGUGUAACAUAUGGGUUGCUGGUUCAAAACCCUGUUACUGGUUCGACACUUCACCCGCCUUGCCUGAUAGUUGUGGUCAGAGAACCCUCCGUCACUCUGCUGUGGCUACAAUGUAGCUUAGUACCAUCAACAUGUGAAUGUGUGAAUAACUGAAUGUAGCAUAAAGCACUUUGGAUUCUUCUGGAUGAGAUAAAGAGCUACACAAGUACAUUUUCAUGCUAUAACAUUGCUACACCAGAUUUUGGUUUUGGAUUUGAAUGAAAAAUAAACUCUGUCUGAUGAAAAUA